GUAGUCGAGGCUUACGGAGCUCAGUCGCAAUCGCAAUGAAGGUGAUCGCAGCGGUUUUCUUGUGCUUUUUAAUUAACCGCACGGCCCAUGGACAAUAGUUGCCGGAAUCCCAACCAGCAGACUGGAUAUUGCGUGGAGAUCGCCAGGUGUGUGCCACUGUAUUCCGUGCUGGCGAAGAGUAAUCCUACAGACUCCGAGAUCCAGUUCAUGCGAGACUCCCGCUGCGGACCUACCAAGAACAAUCCGCCAUUCGUCUGCUGCACUCAGGAUACGGACUACAAGACGACGCUUCCCGAUCAAUCCAUCUGUGGGGGCAACAUAGCCCAAUACCACAUCACUAGGGGCAAUGAAACCGUUGUCACGGAAUUUGCCUGGAUGGUGCUGUUAGAGUACCGUCGUCAUGGUGAACAACAAUUGGGAACGCAAUGCGCGGGAUCACUGAUCAAUAGCCGAUAUGUUGUAACAGCGGCUCAUUGCCUGUCGAAUAACAAGGCCAUCUAUGGAGAUGUAAACGGCCUUAUACUUUUUGCUAGGGUUUUUUUUAGCUUCGGUACACGCCACAUGUCGUACGACAUUGGUCUGAUCCGCUUGGCGAGAGAGGUUGCCUAUUCGCCCAGCAUACGAACUAUUUGCUUGCCCUCGACUGUGGGUGUGCAAAACUGGCCAUCCGGUCAGGAGUUUACCGUGGCAGGAUGGGGUAGAACCCUCACCAGAGAAAGCAGUCCCGUCAAGAUGAAAUUGGAGGUAACAUACGUGAAGCCUGCCUUGUGUCGUCGCUGGUAUGCUUCUGGACCUGCCGUGGAUGACUCCCACUUGUGCGUCGAAAGUAGAAGUCAGGGUGAUAGUUGCAAUGGGGACUCCGGCGGACCACUGAUGGCAUUCCGCGAGGGCGUUUGGGUCCUUGCGGGCAUUGUGUCCAUUGGCAACUACUGGUGCUCAGGAAGCUGGCCAGGUGUCUACACAAAUGCUCUUUUCUACGAAACGUGGAUCACGCAGCAUAUAAAACCUUAAGUUUAUGCUCUCUCCAUGCACAAGCAUAAAUAGAUUUUGAUAAGGAAAAGUAUAUGAGAGCUUCCCUUAUCAAUAAAUGUGUUUCUAAAUAUUUCUGAUUCAUAGCAGCAAUGCUGAUUAAACAAGCAUUUAAUAUAUUACA